UAAUUCGAUUGUAAAAUGUUUGAGCCGUAUGUGAAAAUCAAAAAAAAGCGAAACGUGCACGAAAUUUAUCAAAAUCAAAAUGAGAAUGUCGUCGAUGUUGUUGUCGAUGUGAAUUUGGAGCAACAGCAGCAGCAACAGCCCCAACAACAACAACAGCAACUGUCAAGUGAUAAUUGUUGCUGCCAAAGUGGCCCGCAAAAUAAUGUUGCUAGUGUUAGCGCAUUAAGCAGCGCAUUGGCCGAGACGUCAGCAGCGACGCCAGCAGCAGCAGCAGCAGCGACGCCAGCAGCAACAACAACUACUGCGAGCAGCAGCAGCAGCAACAAUUGCAGUCGCCUGCAGCAGUUGAUAUCAACGCCUCCAGUAUUACUGCGCAGAUCGUCGCUGUCAUCGUCGACGUCAGCGUCGCCGUCAGCAGCGGCGUCAGCGUUGCCGCAACACCCACACGCUGUUGUGGCAGCUGUGAGCACGCCAACGCCACCGUCGCAGCAGCAACAAGCGGCAGUGCCUUCGGUUUUGCAACAACAUUUGGGUCACCUGAAUUACGAAAGUGGAGCAACUGCAGCAGCAGCAGCAGCAACAGCGGCGGCAACCAGAAGUGGCACAGCAACAACACUGGCGCAACAUUUGGCAACACCCAGCAGCAUAUUGCAGGCAGCAUUCAGCAACAACAGUAGCAACAGCAACAACAACAGCAUUAGCGGCAGCAACAGCAACUUGCAACACAUUUUAACGCGCGCACAAAGUUCCUCCACCUCCUCCUCAUCCUCCUCCUCAACCAAUUCCAAUUCAAGCUCCUCAAACAACUGCAGCAGCGCCUGUGCAGGCAACAGGCACUACAACGGUGGCAACAACAACAGCAACAACAACAGCAACAGCAUUAUUGCCAGCCGCCUUUUUGGACCAACUUCGUCUAGUGCCAGCUCCAGUUCAUCAUCAUCAUUAGCUGCAGCGAGUUCAUCAGCCUCUUCCUCUGCCUCUGCCUCAUCGACGUCGCAUCACCUGUCGCCGCAUCACCAUCUGCAUAGCCAUCAUUCCGCGUUGACCAAUUCCAUAACGAAUCGUAUUAAUCAAUCGAUACGGCGGCAUCUCAACCAGCAACAGCAUCACCACCACAACAACAACAACAACAACGCCUCAACCUCAACUUCAUCGAGCAGCAGCAGCAGCAACAGCUCCAGCUCGAAUUCUGCCUCAGUUGCUGCCUCCUCGUCGCACUAUCAACAACAACAACAGCAACAACAUUUUAAUUGCGUGCAUCCUGCACAACAGCAACAUCAACAGCAGCAACAACAGCAGCAGCAGCAUCACAGCAACCAUCAUCACCACAGCAGCAAUCACCAUCAACAACAACAACAGCAGCAGCAGCAUCAUCAUCAUCAUCACCACCACCAACAACAUCAACAACAACAACAACAAAAUCAACAUCAUCAACAACAACAACAACAAUCUCCUCUGUGCCUAGUAUUAUUAGUUAAAUGCCCAAAUUCAAAGGAGUUUUGUAACGCCGCCGCAAAUUUCUGUGAUAAAAGAUUGGCGGUGAACGAAUGUCAGGCAAGCCAAACAGCUAGAGUCACCUCGAACCUGCACGCAUCCAGUAGCACAAUGGCGGUCAGCCGUGUUCCCUCACCGCCCUUGCCGGAAGUUAAUACGCCAGUUGCUGAGAACUGGUGUUAUACGCAGGUCAAAGUGGUUAAAUUUAGUUAUAUGUGGACCAUAAAUAACUUUAGUUUUUGUCGGGAAGAAAUGGGUGAAGUACUCAAAUCGUCCACAUUCUCAGCCGGUGCUAAUGACAAACUAAAAUGGUGUUUACGGGUAAAUCCCAAGGGACUAGAUGAGGAAAGCAAGGAUUACUUAUCAUUAUAUUUACUGUUAGUUUCGUGUAACAAAUCUGAAGUCAGAGCCAAGUUCAAAUUUUCCAUAUUAAAUGCAAAACGUGAGGAAACCAAAGCAAUGGAAUCCCAGCGAGCUUAUCGUUUCGUGCAGGGCAAAGAUUGGGGCUUUAAGAAGUUCAUACGCCGCGAUUUCCUUUUGGACGAGGCCAAUGGCCUGCUGCCCGAGGAUAAGCUGACCAUAUUCUGUGAGGUCAGCGUUGUGGCGGACAGUGUGAACAUCUCCGGACAAUCCAAUAUUGUGCAGUUCAAAGUGCCGGAGUGCAAGCUCUCUGAAGAUCUCGGCAAUCUCUUUGACAAUGAGAAAUUCAGCGACGUAACGCUCUCGGUGGGUGGCCGUGAGUUCCAGGCGCACAAAGCCAUUUUGGCAGCGCGCAGUGAUGUCUUCGCGGCCAUGUUUGAGCACGAGAUGGAGGAGCGCAAGCUGAAUCGUGUCGCCAUAACCGAUGUGGAUCAUGAGGUACUCAAAGAGAUGCUUCGAUUCAUCUACACAGGCAAGGCGUCGAACCUAGAAAAAAUGGCUGAUGAUCUCUUAGCGGCUGCUGAUAAGUACGCACUCGAAAAGCUGAAAGUGAUGUGCGAGGAGGCGCUGUGCGUCAAUCUCUCUGUAGAAACAGCAGCCGAAACGUUAAUAUUAGCUGAUCUCCACAGUGCGGAUCAAUUGAAAGCACAAACGAUAGAUUUCAUUAAUACUCAUGCCACCGAUGUGAUGGAAACCUCUGGCUGGCAAAAUAUGAUCACAACACAUUCACAUUUGAUAGCGGAGGCAUUUCGUGCCCUCGCAACACAACAAAUCCCACCAAUUGGACCACCAAGGAAACGCGUGAAAAUGAGCUGAAACCAUAAUGCAGAAGUAAACUGUCAAAUAGCAUCAACAACAACAAAAACAACAACAAGAGCAACCACAAUAACACCAACCAGCAACAGCAACAACAACAAUACCUACAAGAGCAACAAUAAUAAUUAUAAUAAAGCAAACAAAUGUAAAGCAAUUUUCAAUAGUUGCCUACAAUUUGAAGAAGCAUAUUUCAACAGAUUUCAAACGAAUGCAACAUUAAUUAAGGCAGCUACUAAUAUUAUUAUCAAUAACAACAACUACAGUAAAACAUCAAUAAACUGGCUGCAGCCAGCGGUAGAAGAAGCAACAACAAAUGCAAAAGCAAGCGAAAUGUGGAUUGUUUCCAAAUCGGUUAAUUUUAUUUUCAAUAACUUGAUAAUUGUAAUAUUCUUAUUUUGUUGAUUUAUGAUUAUGUUUAAUGUUUAUUUUUAAGAAACAAAAACAACAAAAAAAACAAAAACAAAAAAACAAACAACACAAUGAGAGAACAGAAAAAAAAACAAAACAAAAAACCGGAAUGCAACAAAUUUAUAAAUAAAAAAAAUAAUAUAAAAUGAAA